CAGAUUGAAUGCGCAAACAUCAUUUUAAUUUUAUUUAUCUUUAAACAUCAUUCAUUUUUUUUUCUCUAAUGAAUGGUUUGGAUUAAUUGUUUUGUUAUUAAAUGUUGAAUUUAAAAUUAUCACAGUUUUCCAAUUGAUUCGUUAACCGUUUCCAUCUUGUUUGUUACAGUCAUUGUAGUCUCUGUUUUCCACUGAUUCAAUCUUACUGUUUAGAAGUCAAUAUCUUACUUUAACAUUAUCAAAUUGGUAAUCAUUAUUUUUUAACAGUUAAUUAUAUUAAGUGUUCACCUCCGUGAUGACUCAAGUAAACGUUUUCACCAGCGAACCAGUUCCUUGCCACUCAUUUUCUCCGGAUAGAUCAAAAGUCGCAAUAUCUCCAAAUAACAAUGAAGUGCACAUAUUUAAGAAGGACAAUUCCAAGUGGUUACAGGAAACUGUUCUUUCUCAACAUGAUCUUCGUGUGACAUCCAUUGAUUGGGCUCAAAAAACUAACAAAAUUGUCAGCUGUAGUGCUGAUAAAAAUGCCUAUGUUUGGUCUCUUGAUAAUGGUGUUUGGAAACCUACAUUAGUUAUUUUAAGAAUCCAUCGAGCAGCUACAGUUGUACGAUGGUCACCUAAUGCAGAUAAAUUUGCAGUUGGAUCUGGAGACCGUACUAUAUCCGUUUGUUUCUUUGAAGAAGCAAACGACUGGUGGAUUUGUAAACAUAUUAAAAAGCCGAUCAAAUCAACUGUUACCUGCCUUGAUUGGCAUCAUAACAAUAUCCUGCUUGCCUGUGGUUCAACUGAUUACAGAGCUAGGAUAUUUUCAGCUUAUGUCAAAGAAGUUGAUUCAGCAAAUCCGGAGCCCAGUGAAUGGUCAUCAAAACCAACUGCAUCAACUGGAAAUCUUAUCGGUGAAUGGACUACCGGUGGAGGAGGAUGGGUUCACGGAGUUGCUUUUUCUCCUGAUGGUUCCAAAUUGGCAUGGGUAUCCCAUGAUUCUUCAAUCUCUGUUGUUGACGCCAAGAAAAAUCAAGCUUUCAUCACUGUUAAAACUCCUGAUUUACCAUACUUAACUUUAAUUUGGUCCUCCAAUCGUUUUAUUAUUGCUGCCGGUCAUGACUGUUGUCCAAUGUUAUACAAAUACGAUGAAAACAGUGGAAAACUAGAAUGUCUCGAGAAGUUAGAUAAAUCAACUAAAAAAGAGACCGACGGUUUCAGUGCGAUGAGAAAAUUCCGAGAACUAGACAAAUUUGCAAUCAGCUUGAAUGAUAAUUCAAGUAGUGACUCGAUAUCGGACACCAUUCAUCAAAAUAGUAUCAGAGAAAUUCGCGCACAUUCAUUAUCGAAAUCAGGAGGAGUUGACAGAAUAUCCACCGUUGGCUUGGAUGGAAAGAUGGUUUUUUGGGACACUAGUCGCUAUGUUUAAUUGAAAUUAUAACCAACGUGGUCCAAAACCUAGUUGAAGAUCACAAAAAUGAGACAGUAAAUAAAGCCAAUUCAAACUCGAUCAUCAAAGAUAAAACAAGAGCAGGAGACAAGCAAGAAAAAUUACAGCCACCGUUAACAUAUAUUCUUAUAUAUUUUUUUCUCUCCCUACCUUUUUUUCUAUAGCUUGCCUCUCUUUUUCACCCCUUCACCUUUUUUAUUUCAUUUCUUCCUGAAGAAUUCAAUUUACUGAAAAAGAUUUUGUUUUGUGUCUUUUUUGAAGAAAACUUCAUUUUUCGUUUGAUAUCUCGGAUCGAUGUCAAAAAGUGAUUGAUUUCCGGAUUGAUCAUUAAUUUCCAGUUUACUUCUUUUACUUUUACGAACUUUUUUCUUCCUUAUCAAUCAUUCAGUUUUAGAUGCGUGAAAAUCACCAUAUUUGAGUAGACGAUCGAAAAAUGUGGUCAAAUUUGAACAAAAUGUUGCUUGGUCAACAAACGAAACAAAAUCUAGUAUUAACUAAGAGGUGGAAAGGGGUGAAAAAGAUUAAUUAAACAGUUUAUAAUUCCCUUUUAUCAAGGUUACUCUUUUUAAUAUUGUACUCUUGUUAUAUAUUAAGGUCUCAAUUGGAAACUUUGUUGGAAACUGUUUUAACAAAUUACUGUCUUUUUUAUGUACGGUAAUAAAUAUUACAAUAAAUUUCCAUUAAAUGAGUUUUCCAGUAAA